AUGGAGAAGGAGCUAGAGGAUUUUAGUGAGGCGGCUCGUUCCAACACUAAAUUAUCUUCGGCCCCACCACUGACAGUAACCAAGACUGACGAUCCGCUGCAUCAACGUCACGUGAUUACCUGCGUGGCAAUUUGCAGUCUCGCUCAAAUAGGCCUCCUCAUUGUCUGGCUUACUGUCUUUUUCCGUCUAAGACAUGUCAGCCAUGUUUCAAACGAAUCGCAACGUUUACACCACGAAUUUGCUCCGGUCAAUUUGCCUCCUACCAAUACAACCGAUGGUAGGAUCUUCUACUAUCGCGACCCCACAACAGGGAAAUUGAUCGUGCGUCUAGAUUUCCUAGUUGAUCUGGCAUACCUCUUGAAAAAUUCCGAGGAGCCGCUCACCGGUGACAAGCAACAUCAGCUGAAGCAGCAAAAAUGGGAAGAAGAGCAGAGGAGAGAAGGUGUGAAGAAGAACUUGAUGGUGGGGCCACUUUCCAAGACUUUACGUUUUUUACGACGUGGUGAUAUGCCAAGGGAAUAA